AGAGAGGGGAUUGAGAGGAGCAGGAGAGGAGGCUAUCUCAGGGCUGCUCUCCACUGCAGCGUCUGGCUUUCACUAAAAGGUCUGUGACCGUGCUUUUCCUGCGCUUGUUUUCCUAAUUUAUUCCUGCCGGGGCCAGCUGAAAAACGGGUGGAAAAGAAAAAAGGACGAGUAGAAUAGCAAAUAGUGCAACAGUACACCCUGACUUGCUGACAGGGAAUGUGGAGAGGUUCUGGCCUCUGGUUGUUACUGCUGGAUGGACAAGCACUGACAAAACAGGAGACAACACUUUGUGGAGCUUUGAGAGAGGAGGAGAUUUCUCAACUCUGCUUUUUGUUGGGGCUUUUUGUUGUUUUUCUUCUGUGACAUUUGAGCCUCUGACACCGCAUACUCUGAAGAGUUGGGGGAGCCACAAGAAAACAUAAUUUCACCAGACACAGAAGAGGAGGACAUACUUUGUAGCUGCAGAGACAACAAAGACAUCAUUCCCCGAGUGAAAGGAGUGGAUUGUCUAUCUUACCACUUAUUACUCUAAUAUCAAGUGUGGAGGCUUUGUGGUCGGGUCCUCUCCAAAUCAUAAAGGAAAAAAACUAAAUCCAAUUUCCAAAAGUCUUUUUUUUUUCUCUUUUGGCACUCAUGCGAGCAUUUCCGGAGCAACAUAUUAUUUUUCCUCUUCAUCGCGAACACCUCUGCAUCUAUAACAGCCCCGACAAGUCAAGAGUGCGUCUGGACUAGAACUGCCUCAGAUCAGCAGAUAACACCUCUGCACGGCAGGAACUGGUUGGACUAGUUUAUAAGUUGGAGGAGAGGGCAGGGCAGUUGAACCCUGCCUGAAUGAGAGCCGCGUUUUAUUUUCCUCUCACUUGCUUGCUUUGGGAGAAAGUCGAGCAGUGAAAGAGGGACAGAGCCACUUAUUCCUUUGGAGAGCGUUUUGUUCCAUAUUACUAUGCUCAGGGAUAGGUAAGGUGUCUUUUUAAACUUCUUCCAGUGGGGGAGAGGUAGAGGGAAAGUGGGAGGGAGAAAGAGAGAGGAGUCAAAGUGUAAUUUAUUGUUUCCAGUCAAAAGAGCAAGGCUGCACCCUUUUCUCCUGCCUGAACUCUGAACCACUCAAUGUGUCUGAAGUUUUCUCAGACCUCGGGAGCCAUUGAUCGAAGGUCAGGGCAGAGAACACAAGAGUGAAAGACAAGAACAGAGGAAGCCGAGGGAUUAAAGAAGAGCAAGAGAAAAAAACAGCACUGGGGAGGACCUCCAGGUCAUUCCAACCAGACGGCAAAGGGGAGAAAGGUCAACACGGAAGAGUCCGGGACAACUUUUUUUCCCACUUCUAGUUCUUCUUGGACAAAACCGGCCUUUAAUACAAGUCGGGAUCGUUUUUUAGACUUAAGGGGUAGUCGGAGGCUGGGGGACGGGGAGGGUUUGUGUAUGAUCCACUCACAGGGCUUCGUGUCUCAAAGAAUAUGGCCAUGGUGAGCGGGGGAUGGGGCAACCCCAACGGGGACACUAAUGGACUGGGGGAGAAGGCUUACCUGAGGAGGGAGGAAGAGGAGGGCUCGCCUCAGGCCGGGAGCAGCGAUGUAGAAGUCGGGGACGAGGACAAGACCUGCGUGGUGGACUGUGUGGUGUGCGGGGACAAGUCCAGCGGAAAGCACUACGGCGUGUUCACCUGCGAGGGCUGCAAGAGCUUCUUUAAGAGGAGCAUCAGAAGAAACCUCAAUUAUUCCUGCAGAUCUAAUCGAGAAUGCCAAAUCGACCAGCAUCACCGCAACCAGUGCCAAUAUUGUCGUCUGAAGAAAUGUUUCCGUGUAGGAAUGCGCAAAGAAGCAGUCCAGAGGGGCCGAAUCCCUCCAUCUCACUCAGGUAUCAGUCCCAACUCCCUGGCUGGUGGUGUUGGAGGUGCAGGGCCGGGUCACAUUGGGGCGGACUUCUUCAACGGGCAGCCGGUUUCAGAGCUCAUCUCCCAGCUCCUCCGAGCUGAGCCGUACCCCAGCAGCCGCUACGUGACCCCGUACAGUCAAGCCCAGAUGCAGGCAUCUGCCAGCGGAGCCUCCGUCAUGGGCAUCGACAGCAUCUGUGAGCUGGCUGCCCGGCUCCUCUUUAGCACUAUCGAGUGGGCCAGAAACAUCCCAUACUUCCCAGAACUUCCAGUCUCAGAGCAGGUGGCGCUGCUGAGGCUGAGCUGGAGCGAGCUCUUCAUCCUGAACGCAGCUCAGUCUGCUCUGCCUCUACACAUGGCUCCUCUGCUGGCAGCUGCCGGGUUCCACUCAUCUCCCAUGUCUGCUGAGCGUGUGGUGUCCUUCAUGGACCAGGUCAGGGUUUUCCAGGACCAGGUGGACAAGCUGAACAGGCUGCAGGUGGACUCAGCCGAGUACAGCUGCCUCAAAGCCAUUGCACUAUUUUCACCAGAUGCAUGUGGUCUGACAGACCCAGCCCACGUGGACUCCCUACAGGAGAAGGCCCAGGUGGCCCUAACCGAGUACGAGAGGUUGCAGUACCCCAACCAGCCUCAGCGCUUUGGUCGCUUACUGCUGCGCCUGCCGGCUCUGCGCGCUGUGCCAGCCAACCUCAUCUCCCAACUCUUCUUCAUGCGGCUCGUGGGCAAGACACCCAUCGAGACGCUGAUCCGAGACAUGCAGCUAUCGGGGAGCUCCAUCAGCUGGCCCUACGUACCAGGACAGUGAACCCAGCUGACUCCAGAGGGAGGCAGACUGAGAUUAGACUGGAUUGAAUCAGAGCUCACACAGAUUAUAUAGCAGGUACAAACUGGAUGUCGUGAAUACAAACUGAUAUAUAAUAUAUAUAUAUAUAUGUUUGCAGCACUUGUCAGUUUUGCUCUGACCCCCAUCUGAUCUCUCUCUGUCUAAUACUGGAGAAAAACAUAGGGCUUUAAUUAAACAUCAGACUCUAAUAUGAGGCCAUGUGCCUGUACUACCUCCUCCCAUAUCAUCCCUAAUGUGACUAAGUUUGAACCCAGGCUCUAUGUGUUUCCCUCUGCUUUGUUUAAAAUGACGCCAUAGCAGUGGAACUUUACCAGGCAGAGCUUUAUAUCUGGAAGAAGUUGUUCAGAUCAAACCUGAGUUGUGUGAUGUCUUUUUGUGGAAUGAAUUCUCAGACUUUGUUACCAAAUUAAUUUGUGUGAAAACUGAGAAGUAUCACCUUGUACAGCAUUUAAACAAAGAAGACGCAUUGGCAUUGUAUUGCAUAUUAUACUAUAUUACGUACUUUAUAGACAAGACAUUUCUAUGGAAAAGUUCAACAUUUUGGGAACUACGGCUAUUUACUUUCUUGCAAAGUUAGAUGAUGAGAUUAAUUGCACUUACUCAUCUGUACAGUAAAUAUGAGGCAAGAGCUAGCGGCCGGUUAGCUUAGCUUAACAUAAAGACUGGGAACAGGUGGAAACAGCUAGCCUGGCUUUGUUCAUAGGGAACAACAUCAAUCCGCAGACCUCCAAUGCUCUCUAAUUAACGCACUGUAUUCUAUUUAAUCUGUACAAAACCUGAGGUGGAAAAGCAACAUGUGUAACGGGGUCAUGUGCUGGACUUUUGCUUGGUCCGGCACUUGUAACUUUCUGGAGUCUCCACUGGUUGCAUCAGCUUCGCAAAUAUCCCCCGUAAAACAGCUAGUUAACCCUUUACGCAGUGUUUUGAUCGGAUUCAACUAAUUAAAUACAGUUCGCUGUUUCCAGUCUUUAUGCUAAGCUAAACUAGCCAGCUACCAGUCUAGCUUCAUAUUAAAUAACCGUACUUCUCAAAAUGUAAGAAUGAAAGAGCUAUUGCUUCAAUGUAGUAUAUUAUACAAUAAUGUUCUUGCAACAUAAAGUGGUGAAUGUACUCAAACAAACCUGGCUCCUCAGACAGUCGCAUCCCUCGCAAACAUUAUUACCUCAUGUUUUAUACAUCAAAGACAAAUAUUGUAUAUUGAUGUGCUAAAGAUAAAUAUAAAGGGAUCAAGGUGUCAUUAUCACAGAAACCUUAAACACUAAUAUUCCCCUUAGACCUGUCUGUCCAAUAGAUUUAAAUAUAUUUAGAAAUGUAAGAGGACACCCAAAGUUUUGACAUAUCUAGAAAGCUACACUUAGUUGAGUGACCCUUGUUUUUCUGGUUAUUCUCUCCAAACUGGAGACUUGUUUCCUUUACUUUUAUGAAAGUAGAGGUUGUUCAUUUCCAUUUUCUUUCACAUUCAUGGUCCCCUUUUAAAACAGUGUGUUGCUGAAGUGGACAGAGCUCAUGUGCAGAUUCUUAUUGUGCUUGUGCAAGGUACUCCAAGUGUUUCAAGUGUUGUAAAGUGUACAAUGUGUGUUGGUACUGAGAUAAAAGGGUACUAUGCAGUCACAUCCAUGAGUGUUGUUGCCAUGAAGUGGAGCUCAAUGUGAAACAUGUUGUUCUUGCCAAAUUAACUGACUGAAAGAAAAGACAAUGUGGGGGGGAAACGUGUUUUUGGUCAAACUUUUUGUAUUCCCCAUAAAAGAGACAACAGUAAUCCCUGAUAUUUCAGUCAACUUCGUCAACGGCUCUUCAAGCUGUUCUUAAAUCACUUUGUGUUAUUGGUUGGAAUAUUAGUGAUAGUGAUUUGACUGUUUAGCUAUAUUUUUUAAAAGAAGCAUGUUUCUUUGACCAUGCCAAACUAAAAAAAAAUGAAAAAGAAGUUCAUACGACUGGUUAUUUUUGCAUUACGAGAAAU